GUGCGGCCGGCCGGCGCGCUGAGGCGCGGAGACCGUCGCCGGGCGACGCCGAGGUCGCAGCGGCCAUGGGGGCCCUAACGAGCCGGCAGCACGCGGGCGUGGAGGAGGUGGACAUCCCGUCCAAUUCCGUGUACCGCUACCCGCCCAAGUCCGGCAGCUAUUUUGCCAGCCACUUCAUCAUGGGAGGAGAGAAGUUUGAUUCCACGCAUCCGGAAGGUUACCUUUUUGGAGAGAACAGCGACCUGAACUUCCUGGGAAACAGGCCAGUGGCGUUUCCUUAUGCUGCCCCACCUCCCCAAGAACCUGUGAAGACUCUGAGAAGCCUCAUCAACAUUCGAAAGGACACACUGAGACUCGUCAAAUGUGCUGAAGAAGUGAAAAGCCAUGGAGAAGAGGCAGGCAGAGCUAAGGUCCACUACAAUGUCGAGUUUACCUUUGACACAGAUGCCCGGGUCGCCAUCACCAUCUACUAUCAGGCCACUGAAGAAUUCCAAAAUGGUAUUGCCAGCUACAUUCCAAAAGACAACAGCCUGCAGUCGGAGACCGUGCACUAUAAGCGAGGAGUGUGCCAGCAGUUCUGCCUGCCGUCCCAUACUGUGGACCCCUCAGAGUGGGCAGAGGAGGAGCUUGGCUUUGAUCUGGAUCGGGAGGUUUAUCCUUUGGUGGUGCAUGCUGUGGUGGAUGAAGGCGAUGAGUAUUUUGGCCACUGCCAUGUGCUUCUGGGCACUUUUGAGAAGCACACAGAUGGGACCUUCUGUGUGAAGCCCCUCAAGCAGAAGCAAGUGGUAGAUGGGGUCAGCUACCUUCUUCAGGAGAUCUACGGGAUCGAAAACAAGUAUAACACACAAGAUUCUAAGGUGGCUGAGGAUGAAGUGAGUGAUAACAGUGCCGAGUGUGUGGUGUGUCUCUCAGAUGUCCGAGAUACCUUGAUCCUGCCCUGCCGUCACCUCUGCCUCUGUAACACCUGUGCAGACACCCUGCGCUACCAGGCCAACAACUGCCCCAUCUGCCGGCUGCCCUUCCGGGCACUGCUUCAGAUCCGAGCCAUGAGGAAAAAAUUGGGCCCUUUAUCUCCAACCAGCUUUAACCCCAUCAUCUCAUCCCAGACAUCAGACUCUGAAGAACAUUCAUCCUCAGAGAAUAUUCCACCAGGCUACGAAGUGGUGUCUCUCCUGGAGGCCCUCAAUGGACCCCUCACCCCAUCCCCAGCAGUUCCUCCACUUCAUGUCCUUGGAGAUGGCCACCUUUCAGGAAUGCUACCAUCAUAUGGCACUGAUGGCCAUCUGCCCCCCGUAAGGACACUGUCCCCUCUUGACCGCCUGUCUGAUUGCAGCAACCAAGGACUCAAACUCAAAAAGAGUCUGUCCAAAUCCGUUUCCCAGAAUUCUUCUGUGCUACAUGAAGAGGAAGAUGAGCACUCUUGCAGUGAGUCAGAGACUCAGCUCUCUCAGAGGCUGUCAGCCCAGCAUCCUGAAGAGGGACGUGAUGUGACUCCAGAGAGUGAGAACCUUACCCUGUCGUCUUCAGGGGCUAUUGACCAGUCGUCUUGCACAGGGACUCCGCUCUCUUCUACCAUCUCCUCCCCAGAAGACCCUGCUAGCAGCAGCCUGGCUCAGUCAGUCAUGUCCAUGGCAUCCUCCCAGAUCAGCACUGACACAGUGUCCUCCAUGUCUGGCUCCUACAUUGCCCCUGGCACAGAAGAAGAGGGAGAGGCCCUGCCUUCACCACUAGCUGCCAGCAGGCCUCCCUCAGAAGGAGAGGGGACACCAGCGGAGUCCCCAGACAGCAAUUUUGCUGGCCUUGCAGCUGGAGAACAGGAUGCAGAGGGAAAUGAUAUCAUAGAGGAAGAGGAUAGACCACCCGUGCAGGAAGACGGCCAGAGGACAUGCGCAUUUCUAGGCAUGGAGUGUGACAAUAACAAUGACUUUGACAUCGCAAGCGUGAAAGCACUGGACAAUAAGCUGUGCUCUGAGGUCUGCUUACCCGGUACCUGGCAGCAUGAUGGUAACAUAGUCAACCGUCACAGUACCCAGUGCCGGCACUUCUCAUCUAGCAGCCCGGAGGACCCUGAAGAGAACAGGCCUCGUGUAUGGGAUCCUUUGGCUGUCUGAGGGCACCUGCACCUGGACCUGGGCUCUCUUCCUGUCCCUGCAUUCCAUCUGUUCUCACUGGACCACAGGCCCUCUGGGCAUCUUCAACAAGACAUGUGGACUUCAUACUCACAUGGAGGCAGGGUGUGGAGCACAGCCCUCUGCCCACCUCAUCUCCUGUAGCCAUGACCCUUACCCUCUCAGAAAGAACCUGAAGCCUUCCUCCGUGUGGGCUGAUCCUGCUCAGUGAACUGUCAUGCAGGAGCCCAGCCUAGUGGGCCAGUUGACUGAGGGCCAGGCCUGGUUGUUUCUUUAGCCUUUUCUCAUCUGAGGAGAGACCAAGAAGACUGGGGAGUUUUGGUAACUUGGUUACAGACUCCCAUGGACAGGUUCUGGUUUCUGGCACCUCAUGACCAAUUAGAAACCUAACUUGAAGUGGCCGGGGUUAGCUAUGUGAGGGAGGCCUCCCGCACUCUGGCCUCCCAGAGCACCAGGUGUUCCUUUCUCAAGGCUAAGGGAGAUGGUGGCAGCCAAAAGGUUGGUUGAAAGCCAGAUCUGCUAACAGAGCUGGUCUCCUGUGCCUCUUGUGCCCCCAGCUAGGAUCGUCACCCCUGCAAGGCCUGUCCUCCUCAGGUGCAGUCAGGAGGGCCCGCUGAGCCACCCCUGUGUACAGUGCUAGGGCUGACCGUUCCCAUUGCUCAUCUUCACUACAGCCAUUGAGAGGGAGUCUCAAACCCGACUGCCCUUUCUCUACCCUCUCUUAAUAGUUGAGAAACGAAGCUAAGAGUGUGGACCCGUGGUUCUCAAACUGGUGCACAGGCUCACCACGGGAAGUAGGGAGGCUGCGGCCAGCUGCAGGGUCACCUGGGGACCAAGGAUUGGAAGACCUCCCUACCCUAGUGUAUCCCUCCCCUGCCUUUCAGAUCUGACAGAUGAGAGGGGCAGACUCUCCAUGGGCUCACCAGUGCUUAGAGAUGCUGCCCAUUCAGCACUCCGACAGUCAUGGCAGCAAGCUGGCAGGAAAUUGUUGGUUGUCCCACCUUUUUCAGCUCCAUGGAUUUCUCGUGGCUCCUCCAGUAGAUGCCUGUCUACUGGCUUUUGGAAAAGGUAGUUUUUCAGUGAAACGUUGAGAUGGUUUGGGAUCAGGAUUAGAAACAGUUACUUCUGAGGGUGAGAGAUAUGAGGAGCUUCAGACUUUGCAAGUGGGGUCCUACAAAACUUUCCAGAAAACACCAGUGCCCAGGACUCCAGGUGGGGUGGAGAGUUUGGUCUCAAACUUGGUAUGCAACCGGGGAUGACCUUGAACUUCUGAUUUUUCUGCCUGUACUGCACAAGCGUUAGGAUUACAGGCCUGCACCACAAUACAGCUCUCCUCUGUACCUUUUGUGUGGUUGCAGAGGCCAGGAAUGUGGAGACCACACUCCCAGAGGGAGUCUGCUGUUGUGCCUGAGGUGUGAUCGGCUGAGUUUGAGAUCCCAUGUGCACCCUUUCUGAACACCCUGUGGACUCUGCCAUUUCAAGCCCACUUGAUGGCCUUUCCUCCCCCUAGCAUUCUGACGGUCCCUUUCACACUUAUGGUUUACACCAGUAUAAGCUGAGCAAUAACCACACUUCCUCGAUGAAGCAAAAGCACCAGGGAAGUCCCUUAGCCUGGGGUGGCGGCACAUAGACCCACCUCCUCCCCUGGCAGGCAGUGGAUAAGCAGUAUUCACAGUGUGGUGUGACCUGCAAGGAGGAAGGAGCUAGCUGAGAUGAAGGAGAUUCAGGUCAACAGUAGCCACAGUGGUCAGGAACCCUCAAAAUAAAAAAGAAAGCCAUUCUGAUCAGCCCUCCCCCCCUUUCCUCACAGCAAGUGCUCAGUUGGCCUAAGCCGCCUAACCCAGUACCUAGGUUAGAGCACCCAUUGCUGUGCCUUGCUGUCCCUGACCCCACACUCUGUACUUUUAGUUCUUGGCAAGCAGAAAUAGCCCAUCCACAGGGGUGGAUCUCCAUCAGAUGCCACACUGGAAACAGUCUCCUUGUCAGGAUUUGUCCAAGGGUAGGGCGGGGCACCUUCUCCUGGAGGGCCUUCGGCUCCUCCCCACACUACCACAGCACUAGUCCAUGCUCUGGGUACUGUAGUGACCUCGGAUUCCUCCGAGGGCCUUCUUGUUUUACCUAAUUUCAUCCCCCCAGAGUUUCUACCCCUGCGGCAUCUCCUGGACCCAAACACUAAGCCAUCUCACUGGGGAGCUAGUCCUGUCACCUGGUGUUGGCGUGCUGGUUGCUCACUUUGUUUUAGGGGCUGCACACCUGGUGUGUGCAAGUGUGUGUGUGUGUGUGUGUGUGUGUGUGUGUGUGCUGUUUGUGCCAUCUGUGUACCCUUCACAUUCCCUGGAGUACACUUGUUGGCACACUACAGUGGGGACAUCAAGAUGCAAUAUUUAUGGAUUGCUGCAUGAUUCCUAAAAGUGAAUAAAGCUGUUUACAAGGGAAGGGGAGCUGUUAACUACAAA